UGGCCAAACAAACAUGCCAAACUGUGUAAUUACACUCAAUUAUGCCCAAAUCCAUUUCCAAGGUGGCUUUCCAAACAAGCUCUAAAUGGUUUAAAUAAUUGGAUAUGACAAGGAGAACGACGCUUUCCCUUAUAAAAAAAUAAAAAAGAAGAAAAAUUAAAAAAAAGAAAGCUUUUCCCUUUAAAAAUUUAUGUAUUAUAUAUCCAGUGGAUUAAUCAAGAUGAUUAUGUAAAAAAAAGUAUGUUACAAUUUGUCUUGUCCAUAUGUUUAUCUCGUGCCAACUAAACUGGGAACUAAAAGCUACGGGCGCUAUCUGUUGUUAUAGUUGAACGUUUGAUUGCAAAAGCAUUUAACAAAUUUUGAAGAAAUAAGAAGCCAAGAUGGUGUGAUCUUUACAAAGUGUAUCAUGAGCACAUACAUCAACUCUUUCAAGAAUCUAGCUAACUAUACGCAAGUCGAUUCUUUAUUCUCUUUCCUUUAAUGGUUUUAGUAUGGUUAGUGCAGGUUAUCCAGUAUGCACUACUCUUGGAUAUUCAUCAGGCACAUCCUUUGAACUCAGUGAUAAAAAGGAUCCACUCAAAGGCAUCAAGGCUAAAAUGUCUUACAGAGGGUCGAAGCUCAACUGUUCACUUGCUGUUUCUAUCGUAUGUGAUACAAAUGGAGUUCAAGGUCCUCGGACACUUGAAUUAGUUGGGACUUGUGAUUAUGCUACACAAAUGCAUCACCCCUCCGGCUGCGCGGUGAUUAUAUCCUCUCACGGGCAAGGAAUGGGCUGGUUCGGUACCAUGAUGGUCAUAAUCCUAUGCCUCUUCGGAGUUUACUUGCUGGGUGGUGCAGCCUAUCGGUACUUCUCUUUGGGCAUUCGUGGGAUAGACAUAAUUCCAAACUUGGAGUUCUGGGCGAGCCUGCCACAUACGUUACAGAGUAUGUUUUUAUCAUUGGUGCGGAGAUUUAGAGGACCUUCUCAUGGUCACAGGAGUUCGUAUUCUCCUGUCAAUUUUUGAGCAAUUACAUGUUAACUACUCAAAUGAUCAGACAAAUCAAUAUUUGACAUGGAACGACAAUUGAUUCUUUCAAGUUGUUGCUUCAAAAAAAAUCAGAUCCUCGCGAUCCUCUCCAGUAAGACUAAAAUUGGACAUCUUACAACUUGGCAUUUUCUCAUGGAUGUCACUUCAAUUGCUUGUAAUUUCUUUGACUAGGCUGUCAUUUUUGUGCUAGUGUCUUUUUUCUUCUUUUUCCUUUUCCAGUGUCAUUUUGUUCUAGUUAACAGCAUUCUUUGUAGGCUGUUGGUGCUUCUAUCAUAAACAGGAUUUGGAUCUGAACUUCAUUGUGCCCAUUAGUUUCUUAGACAGAAGGGAUUUCACCAA